CAGGUACAUUUUCCGCGAGGGGAUAUCUGCACAAGGAAGAGGCCAUUCGAGGCCUUGUACGAGAAUGGUGUUGAGCAUGCAGCUUUGUUGGACGCUCUUGCCACCAAUAUUACUUCUGGUGAUGCUUGUUACACCAAGACUCGGUGCAGCUAUUGACUGCUUCAAAUGCGUGUCAAUAAACGGGCAGUAUCCGCCUUGCGAUGAUCCGUUUCACAACAACCACACGGAUGCCAUUCUGGAAGCGCCGUGCAAGGGCGGCCGCAAAGGGCGGAACGGUCUCUUCCCAGCCACCGCUUGCAUCAAACUGGCCGGCGUUUACGAGAACGGCGACCGCAUCACUGUGCGCGGCUGUGCCCUGGACAGCGGAACGCUCACCACCGAUACGGAGAUCGUCCGCAUGUCGCACUGCGGGGGGUUCAUGUACGACAACAGAUACGUCCGUGGUUGCCUUCAGAGCUGUGAUGACGCCGAUGCAUGUAAUAGCGCCCACGUGCUCUCCUCCAGGGGCUAUGAAACUACUGCUACAGCACUACUGUCUACGGCGCUUGCGGGGAUGCUGACGGCCAUGUUGACAGAGAAUAUCGCGUGACGCGUCUGGUGUCGUAACGUUAUCGGCACCGAUCUGAGGCCGAAGCACACUGCCCCAAUUCUUGGACGACUUGGCCCCCUUCCGCCUCGUCAGCCGCUAAGCAGCCGGAGACCGCAACUCAGCGAAUCACUAGAAGCCUUCAUAGAAACGUCUCUGACAAGAUAUGAGCUUUCACUUCCUCUAUGUGCGAAGUGGCGACAUAUUUGUGCAUGGACCGAUGUGGGAACAUAUCUACGAAUACAUAAACAUUAUUUCCUCUGGAAAUAUCAUAAAAAAAAGUACACGGUUAAAUGAUUUGUGAGUAUAUCAAACGUUUUCUAAUUGCUUAAACUGCUGAUUAAAAUAUUCAUCUUCGAGAACAAUAAUAUUGAAAUGAGAAAACACAAUUGAAGGAAAUUCCAUUCAAUUUUAAAAUGAUAGCUCUUAAUUUCUCUCCAUCACAAACGCUAAAAAUUCGUAGUUUGGAGUAGGAAGAAAGUUACAUUUUUAGAUAGAAAACAUCGUGAUGGAAGGCGGUAAAGGAAUUCAAGGUAGAAAUAUGCCUUACCUCUCUGGCAUUGUUCUUGAGGUAUCAAUAUUUCCAAUUAUUAAAUGAUAUUUUAUUCCUGCACAUACGUAAUAUCAAAUUACAAAAACGAAUAUCGUCACUUAUUUGUGUCUCAC